AUGCUGUCAUAUUUAACGCAGUUAGUAGCCGAGUACCUCCCCAGUACCGACUCUCCCACUACCGACUCUCCCACUCACACCGAUUCAGCUUUAAAGAAGAGGUUUGCGCCCUACACAAAACCCGAAGCCAUGGAAAAUGAAAGCCAGUCGGCAAUCCCCAACAACAAUGACGGACAGGCCUCAUCAACACAAACUUCCGGUAUACAUGAAGAUAAUAUGCCGCUUUCUUCCUCACCUGAACGCCUCAGCAAAUGA